GAGAACAUCUGACAGAAAGUUCUGGUGUUUUCUUCUUAAACAGGAUCAUUUUGUAGUACCAAUGUCCUAGAAGGAUUAUUUUUAAGAAGUUUAUUUAGCUAUACAUUCUUAGAAGGAUAAAUUUAAAAUAUUUAGCAACACAUUCUUAAAAGGAUAAAUUUAAAAGCCCUACUCCUUAAUCAUAUCAGUACAUGAACCAUCAUUGUAGUUCAUCAUGACAUCAUUGAACGAAAAACCGGAGUACCAGUACCACCUUAAAGGUGCGGAUGAAAAUGGGGACGACUCCUCAUCUGGUUCUGGUGAAGAUGAAAACCAGGAGCGCGGAAACUGGUCAAGAAAAAUGGACUUUAUUUUAUCAUGUUUGAGUUAUGCUGUUGGCCUGGGGAAUGUAUGGCGAUUUCCUUAUGUAUGCUACAGGAAUGGCGCAGGAGCAUUUCUCAUCCCGUUCAUCAUCAUGCUGUUUGUGACGGGUAUCCCGCUUGUUUACCUGGAGUUGUCGUUCGGCCAGUUUGCGAGUUCUGGAGUCGUGUCUAUAUGGAAGGCAUCACCACUGUUUCAAGGUGUGGGCUGGGCCAUGUUCAUUGUGUCUGUCUUGAUCGCAAUCUACUACAACAUGAUCAUUGCCUACACCAUCUACUACCUGUUUGCCUCCUUCAAGGCCAUGCUACCCUGGGCUGAAUGCGGUUCCUGGAGUUCUGAAGAGUGCAUGCGUGAGGAUAUGGAGCAGAAGGUGAACUGUUCGUCCAUGAACGACUCCGCGUGGUGUAACAACGAAUGUUUCCUGAAGGCCGAGGUCAACCUGACUGUCUGGACAAAGGUUGCCAACUGUAGCUCCGCCGUUGUCUCACCCAGUGACGACUAUUUCCACAAGGUUGUGUUGGACAUCAGUGAGGGGGUGCAUGAUAUGGGCGGUCUCAAGUGGCAGCUGGCCCUGUGUCUAUUAGCUGCCUGGGUACUUGUAUGCUUCUGUCUAGCUAAGGGAAUCAAGUCUGGUGGAAAGGCUGCCUACUUCACAGCGUUUUUCCCGUAUGUGGUGUUGAUGAUACUCCUAGUGCGCAGUCUUACCCUGGAAGGAUCUACAGACGGAAUCAUCUAUUACUUUAAACCACAGUGGAGCAAACUGGGUGAAGCUAAGGUCUGGGGUGACGCUGCCAUCCAGAUAUUCUUCUCCCUGUCCCCCUGCUGGGGCGGGCUCAUCACACUGGCUAGUUACAACAAGUUCCACAACAAUUGCUUCCAGGAUGCGAUUAUUGUAUCCAUCAUGGACUGCGUUACCAGCGUGUUUGCCGGCCUGGUGAUUUUCAGUAUCAUUGGCUACAUGGCCCACGAGCUGAAUGAGCCCGUAUCCGAGGUAGCAGCUGAGGGUGCGGGGCUUGCCUUCAUCGUGUACCCGGAGGUGGUCACUAAACUGCCCAUCUCGCAGUUGUGGUCCGUUCUCUUCUUCUUGAUGUUGAUUACCCUGGGACUGGGAACUCAGAUUUCCACAGUCACAACAGUUCAUACAACACUGUUGGACCAGUUUCCACAUGUGUUCCGGAAAUCACAGUUCCGACGAGUCAUGUUACUUGUCGGAAUUUCCACGUUUGGAUUCAUAGUCGGCUUAGCCUUUGCCACCCAGGGAGGAAUGUACAUAUUACAGUUAUUUGACAACUACGCAGCCACGUAUUCCCUCCUUGUCAUCGGUCUAGUGGAAUCCUUAGCUUUGUCAUGGGUAUAUGGCGCGGACCGUUUCUUAACUGACAUUGAGUCGAUGUUGGGCUACCGACCAAGCAGAAUCUGGGCUUGGAGCUGGAAAAUUAUUGCUCCUGCUGCUCUGUUGUUCAUUCUGAUCUUCACAUGGGUUGACUUCAAGCCAACAAAAUACAGAGAUGAGGUGUUCCCGGGAUGGGCGGACGGGCUUGGAUGGCUUAUUUCCCUUUCCUCCAUUCUUGCCAUUCCCAUCGUCAUGAUCUACAAGAUCAUCAUGCAUAUGAGGGAACAUGGCACGUCAUUUAUAGAGAGUAUCAAGGAGCUCUCCAAGGUUGACCCGGAAUGGGGCCCGGCCAAAAAGGAGAACGCUGCCGAGAGACGCGCCCUUGAUGCUGGGCCCGCAGAGAGCCUGGAGAGUUCAGUCCCUUUGACCACCUUCGGAAUGAGCGGUGGUGAGAGGGUCUGAGCGUGGAACAAUGAGAUGGUGGAUGUCUGAGCAGACUUGUGGUGUUUAGGGUUAAUAGGAAGAUAUGGGCUCAAUACCAAAUUGUCCUUACUAUUGAAUCUUGUACAAUGUUAGUUGACAUGUCAGUUUCUGUUGAGCCCUGUUUUUGGAUAAGUUGAAUAUAGGUGAUAACAAGAUUUUUUAAAGUUAGAAACUGUCUGAUCUUUAUAUAACUCACUUUAUGGCAUAGAAUUUUAUCUAAACUAACUUCUAGAUGAAUAAAAAUAAUUUAAAUGCAAAGUCCUACAUAGUCUAUGACAAACAUCAAAUUAUAAAGUUUGAGAAGGGUAACAAAUUAAAAUUCCUUGCAGUGGUGUCUUGGAAAUAUAAUAAUCUGUGAUGUUAAAACGAUUGAAGUUUGUUAAUAUAGGUUGGUUUCAUUUAUUAUGAAGAAAUGUUUUUUUUGUAUCAAGCAUGUGUUAAGAUUUUAAAUACUAUGUAUAAAACAAAUAACCAUUGUGUUAAGUCUAAGUUAAUGAAAGAAUCUCGGAUAAAUAAUUUGAUCUUUAUAACGUAUAAAUUCGCAGAAUAUUUGAUUCAAUGUAUAAAAGGGAAAGAAUAAUCUUUAAAUUAUUCUCUUUCUUUUUGAGAAAAAAAGUAUUCAGAAUCGUAAAGUCACAACAUUUAUGAUAAAGACCUUUCAUUAUUUUUCUGUUAUUGUAUGUUAAAGAGAAAUUGUUAAGUAUCUCAACCUUUAAUCAUGAAAAGUAUUACAUGAUGGCGUUAUAUCUUCAUUAAGGUUAGAUUGAUGUAAGAAUCGGUGACGGGACUAUGUAUUGAUGAAGUAAAGAGUUCAUAUGUGAGUCAGUGUUUUUUUUUUGUAAAUGAAAAUGACAAGGUAGAUAUCACUCUGUUGAUAUUUAUGAAUGUUAGUGUUGAUGUGUGCUUUACAGCAGUUAAAGCCAUGUGAUAUUUAUGCCCCAUACUUUUAUGUACUUAAUGCUGCUCAUCUUGAACAUUAUACAUGACAUGUUCAUUCAUUGUUGAUGACAAAACUGAUCUGUCACUAAGUCUGAGAGGAGAGUAUUCACUUGAAGGCCGGGAAAGAAGUAUACAAUAUCUGAGAGCUGACGAGAGUUUAGCUGUGUUGUACAAGUCAUAGAUACCACCACCCUCAGAUAUGGUGAAAGAAAGCGUACGAUCUGUGUUGGUUUGCAUCAGUAAACAAUAUUCUAUGGUAACAGUUUUAAACUCAGAAAAGUUUGUGUAAAUUCAAAUGCCUGUUUCCACCAAGGAAAUCAAUUUCAAACGGAUUUUGUUUUUUAACUCUUAUAAAAGAUUUGAUGUUUUUUUUUUAAAUUUUAUGACAGUAUUUUGUUGAUAAAUUUGAUGCGAAUCUUAAGUUGGCUGGAACCAACAACCUUAAUGUGUUAUGAUAUAAAGUCUUUUAAAAGUCUCCUUUGACCUCAUGUUAACUUUUAAGUAAUGAUAUGUGUUUAUUUUUGAUUGAUGAUUAUGAUUAAGUCAGCAGGCCGAGCGGUUGUACGUUAAAUAUUAAAUGGUGUGAAUCGUUUUACCAAGAAAGACCAUUCUUUUUUAUGAAAAUAAAAAAAUAAAAAUCCCCAAACAUGUUAACAUGUUGCAAUGUGUUCGAAUACACCUAGAUAUUGUCACAAUCCAAACCAUUGAGUUACAUUUAACUAAUUUUAAUUGUAAUUUGUGAUUGUAAUUUAUUUGAGAACUUUAUUUUAAUCCUUAUCUUUAGUAUAAUCUGUUUAAAUAUAUAUUUUAUUCUGUAUGCAUUGGAUAUUUAGUGAAUCCCUGUAGAUUUUAUCAUUUUACUGUGUUUGAUGUAGUUCAAGCAAGCACUAAUAUCAUGUUUACAAUGUGACUUCCAAACAGCAUUGUUUCUCUCUCUCUUACAGUUGUUUUGUGAAUUGCUCAAACCAUUAUACUGUCAUUUGUGUGUUUUACCAAAAAAAGUGUGACAGCAGUUGUCGUAUUCUCAAAGUUUAAUCCCUUCUUUCCUCGUAAUUGACAGUUCCUAAACUUUUUUUUUCUAUACAUACAAAAAAAAUAUUCAAGUACAAAAAUAUUUUGUUUAGUAUAUUUUAAAUUUUAGGUAUCAAACAAUAGGGGUUCAUUUAAAAGUUUAUAAAAAAUUAUAUUAAAACACAUUGUUUUUUUAUUGUAUUUUAUCUGAAAUUCCUUUUUUGUAUGAAAAUAUUUCAGUCUGAAUAGUAAAUCUAGAGAAAUGGAUAUUUGAGUAUUGUUCAAGUCGCUUUGUAAAUAAUUAGGACCCUGAUAAUUCCUUUUUGAGCCCACUUGAAUAGGUUAUACAUGAACUUAGUAUGUUUUAUUUCAUUCUAUCCUGGGUUAAUAUUGAAGUGUUUGUGAUUUCAUCAUCAAAUGGUCUUAAAUUCUUAGCUAAUUGAUUGAAUAUUCUAAACUUCUCUUUAGAUCUGUUAAGACAGAAAACAGAAGGUCUAAUAUUAUGAUGCCAACACGUUUUCAUGCAGUCAGAAGCAGAGGUCUAGUCAGUAUUUUGCACGAGCGGUAUUCAAAUGGGUGAUUGUUCCAUGUUUUAAAAAGCUUACUUGAGAUAAAUCAAUUAAAUAGGCCCUGAUUUUGAAAUCAUUUUGGUUAUUCAUUUCCUUGAAAACAUCAUACCUGAUUGUCUAGUUUUCAAGGCAAUAGUAACCAUUAUUAUACUAAAGACAUUAUACAGGUAAGAAUACAUUUUUAUAAAAGUAAUUGUUUUUAAUUCCUUUCUGUUAUGAAGCUAUAGACAUAUUCAGCAUUUUAACCCACUCUUCUUAUGAUGAGGGUUUGUUAAAGCCAAAAAUGAAAAAUAUUUUUACAUUUCUAGCAGAAAGCCUGAUAGUGUUUGCUAGUGCCAAUUUUAUAUAAUAGUGUUUAUUUUAUGUCUUCUAAAAAAUUAAGUUAGUAGGUUGGAUGCAGUCUGGCACCAUCUUUAUUGUUUAGGAGACUGAAAAAAGAAAGUGAAUUUACGGUACCUCCAUACAAGCCAGUGCAUACAUACCAUAUUUCUGAAGACCAUUCGAGGGGAUUUUGACAUUUUUCUUCUGAAUUCGAGGGGAUUUUGAUCAAUCAACAUAUCGCUACCGCGCGAGCAUCUUUUUACUUUCUUGUACAUAAAGAAUGUAUUUUAUUUAGUUUAGGCUCCUAUAUAAUUCAUCAGCCUUUGAUGAUUAUUACAUAGAAAUUUAUCACUUCUUGUAAAUGUUGAUAAUAAUGUUUCCUUUCGGCAUUUGAUAAAAAAAAUGGGGAUUUUUGUCCCCCGCCAGGGGUUUGGCAUGUAUGCAGUGCACUUGCAGGAGCUUCUAAAUAACCCACUUAAUAAUUACAAGUAAUGGCCAAAUGUGAAUCAGUCCGGCCAUGCCUUUGAUAGACGUAAGAGCUUGGGACAUUAAAUUCAGUUUAUGAAAAUGAAUUUGUUUAAAUUAAGAAAUUUACAUGUUCCAGUAUUCAUUUUUACAUGCCUCUUGUUUUAUGGUUUACUCUGAAUGUUAUGUACUUUAUAAAAGCUAAAGCCUGAUGCAUAUUUUGCAUUCAUUUGAUGGUUAUAAGAGCUCUGGAUUUUAAAGUGGUUGAUUUUAUACAUGACAGUGCUGUUUAAUCGUCUCAUCAUUUUGUGAAGAUUUUAACUUGUGUGGUUUAUGCCUAUUUAAUGUUGUUUCAUUUACAUGAUCGGUAUUUUAGUGUUAAAUUAUACACUGUUUUACUUUUACAUCACAUUUUGUGCAAGUGUUAUUUAACUCCAAAUGAAAUAAAUGCCAAAAUAAUUUAUUAUGAGUUCUCAAAUAAAGCAUGGUGAAGAAAAUAGGUUGAUUCUCAUUUAUUGAAAGUGCCCAUCUACUUCAUUUAAAUCUUAACAAAGAUGCAGAUGCCCGUGACAAUGUUAUCAUGCCUAGUCAUGUGUGAAACUCAGGAUUAUAGUUUUUUUUAAGUGUGAAUCAGCAUUUUGAAACAUGGAUGACAAAAUAUCAUGCUGUUUGAGCAUGCUACUAGGUCAAUCAAUCUUGAUGUUAAUGUAUAGUACAGUUUAUAGAAGUGUGCUUUAUUGAAUCUUAUCUAACAGUGGGAGUGGUGGCUUGUGAGUGAAUGGAAAUUUUUGACCUCGUAUCUGAUCUAUUUAAAAAUCAUUCUUGAUGUGUUAUUUAACUUGAUGCUCAUAAUUUUUUUAGUGGCAAAAUAUGAUGGAUAAGUUGCAUGACAUAACAAUAAUAUUAUGAAUGUGGUAUUUAGUAUUCACAACUGGAAAAUAAUAAUUGCAUUAUAAAAUCUGAAAAUGCAAUUUAGACCUUUAAUUUUAAUAGCUUUAUGUAGUUUUAGAAAUAAUACGACAGUUCAAUUGCUAAAUUGCUUUGAGCAUUUAGUCAUGUUGAUGGUAUUUGCUUUAAAUUUUAUGUAGACAAACAACCAGCAAGUAUGAAUGAUGUCCAUGAAUUUAUAAGUACAACGUGAUGUGACCUUGGUGCUUUUGUCGUUGUAAAUAACCAUCCACUUUUUACUUAAUAAAUACACAUAUUCUUUGUAAGCUUUACAAUCACUUCAAAAGAAGAGCUGACGACACCUUAAUGCAAUAAAUUAAUUUCUGUCUCUAUUUCUAUAUGUAGUUAUAGAGUUAUUGCACUAGAGUGACGACUGUCUGCAAUAAAUCUUGUCUUGUUUAGAAACCUGCUUUUACUGGCGUGUAUUAUGUUGAAAUCACUUUAUCACUUAAGUUUCAAUGUCCUUGAAUCUCUUUAUUGUCCCACGGUGGUGCUUCACUCAAAAAUGAAUUGAAUUGAAUCAAUGUGGCUUCAAUGUGUCUUAUGAAAUUAAAAACUUCAUAAUCUAUUAACCUGUAUUGAGCAAUAUUGUCUUGUGUUAACAUGCCAACUUAAAUUAAACAUCUUCUUCACCAAUGUAUUUACACUUUUUGUUUGUCUCCGUUUGAAAAUCAGCAUUAUAAUGGUAACAUUACUAACGUGACACUAUUUCAUUUUAAAGAUGUUUUGCAUUUGUUACUUAUCUGUGAGCUUUUUUUCGAUCCAAUACAUAAAAUAUGAAUAAAAUCACAAAAACUA